AUGUCCUUCUCUACAGAAUUCAUUGAUUCAGUUGAUAAUCUACAGGCCUUAAAGUACUUAGAUCUAUCAGGAAAUUCUUUCUUUCAAGGAUUGUCUGUCUCAAUCACAAAUUUAUCAUCUUUGGAGUACUUGAUUAUUAGAGGCGCAAAUUUAUUUGCAGGAUUGCCUGACUCGAUAGGGAAUCUUGUGUCCUUAAAGUUUUUAGAUUUUGUCCAUUCUGACUUAUCAGGGUCGGUUCCAAGAUCAUUGGGAAAUCUCUUUCAACUCAUUCAUUUAGACUUUUCGAUGAACCAAUUGAGUGGACAAAUUCCAAGAUCAUUUGGGAACCUCUUGCAACUCACUCAUUUAGACUUGUCAUGGAACCAAUUGAGUGGACAAAUUCCAAGAUCACUGGGAAACCUCUUUCAACUCACUCAUUUAGACCUGUCAGGCAACCAAUUGAGUGGACAAAUUCCAUUGUCAAUUCUAAACCUAACGCAGCUUGAAUACUUGAGAAUAACUCAAAAUUUAUUAGAAGGUUCUAUUCCGGAUGAGGUAACAGCUUUUCCUAAUCUAAUAUCUUUAAUGUUAAUUGACAAUUUACUCAAUGGAACACUUCCGUCAUGGUUGUAUACUGCUCCCUCCUUAAAGGAAAUAUAUCUCUCUGAAAAUCAAUUCAGUGGCCAAAUCAAAGAAUUCCAAUCCAAAUCACUAGAAUUGAUAGCGUUAGACAAUAAUAAACUCCAAGGUCCUCUUCCAUCUUCAAUAUUCCAACUUCUCAAUCUUACUCAGCUCAGCUUAUCCUCAAAUAAUCUUAGUGGUGUCAUAGAGUUUAGCAUGUUCUCAAACCUUCCAAAUCUCAAACACCUCGACCUUUCAUAUAUCAGCCUAUCCUUAACAUCUAAUACUACCUCUAGUGUUAACCAUAUAUUGCCUAAUCUUACAGACUUACUUUUGUCAUCUUGCAAUCUUAGUGAAUUCCCCCGAUUUUUAAAAGGGCUUAAAAGUUUAGUAAGGUUAGACAUUUCUUGCAACAAAAUUGAAGGCAAGAUUCCGCAAUGGAUGCAAGAGGUGGGGAAUGACUCUUUGUGGUAUUUAAAUGUAUCUCAUAACUCUUUGACAGAAGUUGAGCACUUUCCAUGGAAGAAUAUUGAAGUUCUUGACUUAAGCUCCAAUUUGAUCCAUGGAAAUCUUCCGAUUCCAGCUUCGACGAUCAAAGUCUUUCUGAUCUCAAAUAAUAGUUUCAAUGGAGAGGUCUCUUCUUUAAUAUGCAAUGCCAGUUCUCUUCGAAUUGUUGAUUUGUCUCACAAUAACUUGAGCGGAACAAUUCCGCAAUGUUUUGGAAAUUUGAGCAACACCCUUGAAUUCUUGAAUCUGAAGAAGAACAAGUUCUAUGGGACGAUUCCUCCAACAUUUGCAAAGGGAUGCCAAUUGAGUAAUAUCAACUUAAACGGAAAUCUGUUAGAAGGGCCUUUGACACCAUCCAUCCUUAACUGUAGAGGUCUAGAAGUGCUAGAUCUUGGUAACAACAAGAUCAAUGAUACAUUUCCUCAUUGGUUGGGAAGUCUUCCACAGCUACAAAUUCUUCUCAAGGUCUAG